AUCCCCCACCUCAAAAUCCCCAAAGUGAAACAUCUGGAGCAUAUUACAAACCAGACACUGGCCGUUAUAUCAAAAAAGAUCAAGAGAUUCUAGAUAUGCCAAACAAUAUGCCACCUAAUAGGUAUAAUAUGACAGAUGAUAGCCUUAAUAGAAUAAAUCUUGCAAAGAACUCAUUUAGUUAUAACUUUGACGGUAGAGGAGGACCUGCAAAUGAAACUCAAAAUGUUCAACAGGAUUACCGGAGUAUGAAUAGCUCUCAGAAAAACAAUCUCAACCCCACUGUAAAUAAAUCAAACAAAAGUGAUGAUGACGUGCCUUCGAAUAAGUCACUUGCCACAAGAGAUUCCAAAAGUGCAAUUGAAACCACCAUGCCUACUUCAGACAUUUAUAAUGGCCAAGAUGCCUUUCCAUCUCAACCUAAUGCCACAAUAGGGACUGGUCAACUUAUAGCAGGUCCACCACAAUUUGGGAAACACCCUAGUGGAAAACAUUUUUCUCCGAGGGAGAGUAUGGCCAACGAAGACAGUGUCAAGAUCACUAAUGACAAGGCAAUACAAGAAAAUGAAGCUCUGAGGAAGAAAAUUAAAGAACUUGAAGAGGCAUUGGUUGAAAGUCAAAAAGAUUUAUGUACUCAGAUAAUUCUGGAUCGUAAUAUGGGCGAUGAGUUUGACUCGGAGACAGUUUUUGGUGACCUUUGCCAUUUAUCUAACAUCCAGAAGGAAAUCACUGUCAUAAAACACACUCAGAUUGGAAAUAGUCCCACACAUGUUACCAUAGCAACAAACACAGAAGGACACAUAGGCGAUAGUUCAGCAGACAUGAGCACUGGAAUGGAUCGGCCUGCAACCACUGCUAUGUCAACAGGUACUGAUGGGAUCGGUGGGACAUCUAUUGGUACAGAAAUCGAUGAAGAACUCUCUGAGACAGACCUCCAGGGCAAACACAAUAAGGAAAUGCAAGCUAUCAAUAAAGAUUUUUCAAUCAAACUCCGGAAGAGGGUUGAUGAUAUGUCCCAAAAAGAUCUGAAAAAACUGUUAGAUGAACACCGACGGCAAGUUGAAAAACUUCAGCUUCAGCAGCAAUCUGAGCGUGAACGGUUACGUCGAUGUCUCCAAGAAAGACUUAAUCAACGACAGAAUCAAAAUAACAAAUUGAGCAGUGACAUGUCCAGUGCAUCGAGCAGCAGCAGUUCAAGCAGUGACGAUUCUGACUCUUGUGUCAACCAAUCAAAAUCCUCAAAGAAACCCACCUCUCAGUCUGAUAAUUACUCAGAUACCAGCUUUUGCAGUUCAGAUUCUGGGAGUUCUAGUGACUCUGAGAGUGAGAAUGAAGAAAAUGCUGAGUUAAUGAACACAGUUACAAGUGAAAUUAUGACAAACAUUUCCUCUAUGACUGAGAAGGACAUGAAGGACUAUAUGCAGAUCGCAAGGAGACAACGGGAGAAAUUGAAGAGAAUCCGUGGCAAUGAGAAACAGAGAGCAGAUGAAUCUCUGCUAGCUAUACUUGCAAGAAGACGGGAAGUUACUGAUAAGGAAGGUAAUGUGUUUGAUGGUGAUAAAGAGGAGAUGCCUGCCGAUGAUGCAGGUGAUAAUGGUGAUGAGAGUGGACCACCUCAUGACAAUGCAGAAGCCUCCCAAACUGAGCUUUUCAUGAAAGAUGCCCACACCCAGAUGCAAGAAAAAAUCAAUAAAUUAAAUGAGGAGAUAAACACACAAAUUGAUACCAGUGUUAAACAGAUGGAUGAAAAGUUUGUUCAAACUCUUAUGGAAGUCCAGACGAAUAUGGAUGAUGAAGAUAAUGACUCAACAGAAAAAGCUAUGAAAGAGCUCCUGAACAGACAUCUGAAGCAAGCAGAUGAAUUACGUGACAGGAAAGAAGAAGAGCGAAAUAGACAGAAGGAAAAUCUGAUGAAAAUAUUGAAAGCAAAAAAAGAACGGAUGAUGGAGAAAAAUAGAAAGGAUGGUACAUCAAGCAACAACAAUGAUACAGAACCUGACAAUGAAGUCGAUUCAGAUGCUGUUUUUAAAGAGGAAGUUGAGAAGGAUCCCAAUGUGAAGCUUGCUAACCAGGAGUUGAAGCAGGAGCUGGAAGAAAUGGAAACAGACCUUUUCAAGGAGUUGAAGUUUAGACAACUUGACAACAACCUGGAUGUAAGUGAAAUGAACGAACUAUUAGAGAGGUACCGCAGAGAGCAACAACGAAUGAGAGAGAGGAAGGAAGCUGAGAUGAAGAGGCAUAAAGAUAAUGUGCUGCAGAAACUAAAGGAAAGACAGAAACAGAAAGAGGAGUUGGAUAAACAGUUAUAUAGAGAGAUCCAUGAGAAGCAGAAGACGGAGCAACUUACAGAAGCUGACCUAAAGGCAAUCAUAGACCAACAUUUAAAACAAACAUCCAGACUGGAGAAAAUACAGGAAUCUGAAAAAGAUCGUCAGAGCCGUAAACUUCAAGAGAAAUUAAACAAGAAGAAAAUAAUUGAUGAAGAGAAAGAGAGAAAGAAAAGAGAAAGGGAGAGACUUGAGAUGCAAGCUCAAGAGGAAGCCGAGAGAAGGAAGUUUGAGGAAGCUGAGUUGAAAAACCAGAAGAUAAACGACGCUGUAAAAGUUGUUAAGGGUUACCAUGAAACAGAGAGACAGCUUAAAGUCAAUAAAAGAAUAGAGAAAGAACGACUUGAGGAAAAAUUACGCCGCAAACUAGACACAGGAAAGAAAAGACCUUCAAAUUUACCUGAGGUGUAGGACUCUUAGAUGUUGCUAUAACAACCAAACAUAUAAUCAUAACAAACGACUGAACUCAGUAGGUUGUUGGGAAAAAAGAGAGUCUAAAAUAACCAUGACAACAAAAAGCAGUGUAUAAUAUCUGAAUAUAACCAGGACAAGUAACAACAACAAAACAGUGGCAAAUUACAUUGAGCUCGUUGCUAUAACAAUAAAAACAAAUAUGACAAAUUAUUGAAUCAAUAUGGAGUUCCUAUUGCAAGGAAGCACACAAAUCCAAACAAUGGAUCUCUUGAGAAAAUGCAAUUACCUUAGCGGCAGUAAAUAAAGAACUUAUUAUAGUCAGGACACAUGUUCUAAAAUAUGAAUUGAUUUGAAUGUUGAUUGGACAAGAUAUAAACAAUUUGAAGAUGUCUGCUAUUAUUGUAUUUAAGAUGUUUUUUAUAACUAAUAGUGGAAGAUUGUGAUCCAUCUUGAUGUUUCAUCGAGCAGAGUUAAAAACAAUUUACAGUGCUGUAUUUUUUAAAAUAUUGAUAUAUAUAUUUAUAUGUAGUAGAAGUGUCUUGCUUCAGAGAUUUGUAUUCCGUCCAUUAGAAUAAUACACAACUUGUAUUGUUAUGUUAAAGAUAUCUUAAACUUUAUUUUUUGAUUUUCUUAACACUUUCCAGUAUUUAUCAGGAUAGGCACUUAAGUAAUUAUAAGGGCCUAGAUUGUAUUGAAUCUUGAGAUAUUGUGAAAACUCAUCGAAAUAAUUUCU